AUUAUCUGCCAGGUUGUGUAACCACACGACAAGAUGGCGGAAACCGGGAAGGUGUUGUUUCGUGAGGCGUGGUUACAAAACAACUUCCCGGACUCCGUAAGAACCGACGCGAUCACCGGCGUCUGGGACUUCUUAAACGCGAUUGAUUGGAGCGAACCAUGGCUGAUUGGACUACAGGUGUUCCACGCCUUCUGUUUCGUCUUGACUUUCCUGACAAGAAAGCACAUCAACCUGCAAUGUGCCCACUUCUGUAUUCUCUUGCUUCUUGCAUAUUCUGCACAAUACAUCAAUGAAUGGGCAUCAACCAAUUACAAGCUUUUCUCCAAGCUGCAGUACUUUGACAGCAGCGGGCUGUUCAUCUCCCUGGUGCUGUCCCUGCCACUGUUGCUCAACUGUCUCAUCAUUGUGAUCAUGUGGUUUUCUGCAUCCUGGGACUUGAUGAUCAAGGUCAAGAGGUCAAAGAUCAGGUCACAAAUCAGAGAAGCAAGAAACAGCAAAAAAUCCCCUGGAAGCAAGGAGCAGGAGAAGGGUGGUGUGGAAGACAAGAAGAAAGACUGAAGAGUGCCUGUUUUAGGAUGAUGAGAACAACACACUUGUCAGAGUAAACCCUAAAGGCUAGGGUGUGAGACAAGUCGCUGUUGUCCAAACAAUGGAUGUUUGAUAGGGUCCUUACUCACAUGCUUACAGCUACAUGUACAUGGGCAGUUUAAUAUAAUUGUCUGCCACUGUCCCCCUUUCCUCUGGGUUUCCUGUUGACAAGUGCACAAAAUAUAAUGCUUAUACCAGCCUACGGAAGUCCUGGUGAAAGGUGUUAUAGAACCAUUUGCAAUCCAUUUAAAAUAUCAAUAUUGGUGAAGUUUGAUACGAAACAUUUGGGAAUUUGCCUGUGACAAAACGUUUAGAUGUCUGCUUUUUCCUUCCAAUUUGACACAUGUCCUUGUGUAUAAUUUGUUUAACUAGUGCCCCAUAGUAUAAUGCAUAGACAUUGAUUUUGAUGUAUGAAAUUAUUGUAUAUGGUUUGUUUUACCUUGCAUUAUAGACAGUAUGCCUUUUUUAUUUAUGGACAUUCUUUGUCAUUGUCCUUUCUAAAACUUAACUGUAUGUUGUGUAGGAAAUUUCAGUUCAACCCCGGAACUUUAAAUGAAGGAGCUGCACAUGUAUUAAGAAAAUCAGCCUUGGAGUUUGUCGGCUAUUCCAAAUAUGUCCCAGGGGAGGCAGAAGUUGUGAGUUGGUCAAGGAUAAUUUUGGAAACUGUGACCACCCCUUGGAACAGCUUUGAAGGAUCCAAAGUGUUUGCUGCUCCCAGCUGUGUUGCAAUGCAUGAUGGGAGUUUCCUAGGAUUGUAGUGACAACAAAGCUAUGAUUAGUAUUAAAUGGGUGUGCCUUUGUCUAUGUAAUAAACCUCAAGCCAAAAAAAUGAACCUCCUGAAACAUAACCAUGACACUAUACAUGCUUGUAGUUUUAAACUUUGUGGUUGCAUGACGAUUGUCUGGCAAGACGACAAGGGCCCAAGGGUUGCACACAGUCUCUGACAAAUGUUAACAUUCAUUGCAGCAACUGGUCAAGACUAGUAAAGAUAAACAGCUAAGAAAACAGGAGCUUUUUUUAAGGUGGUAAGGGUAUGGUUUCAGCAUUAAUGGGCACUGAUUAUGUAGUAAUCCAAAGUGAAACUAAAAGUAACUUUUGUAAGACCUUAGUAAACUUAAAAGAAAAGCUUUGCUUAUGUAUGUUAAAAACAUUUCUGUGCAAGCUAGUUAUGAAUGCCAAAAAGGAUUUUGGAUGUCUCUGUUUAUUUGUAUGUUGAAAUGUGAGAAAGUUUUACAUAGUGCAACACUACAUGUUUAUGAAGGUAAAGUACAUGUAUGUGAC